AAAAAAUCGAAAGCAAACACAGCUCCAUUUCCCUUCUCCCCUCCUCCGUUCCCAAAUCCCUGAAUCUCUCUUUGCCUUCAAUGUGUUUAUUGACCGAAAAACCCCCAACAAGCUGAGAAGAUAAUGGCUCGGAGGCUCUGUUCCCGCCGUUCCCUCCUUUCUUCUAUUUUCCAAGUCGCAAACCUCCGACUGCAGCUUUCACUUCCUCCAAGAUUCGAAGCUCUGUAUGAUUCUGCUCUGAGCACUUCAACAAGUCAAAUUUGCUGUGGGUUUUGCCCAAAAUUUCAAGCUUCAAGAUCAUAUGCCCGUGGUGGGCAUAAACCUUAUGAUCUCUUUGGAAAUGGACAACCUGGUGAUAAGGACUUUAGGAAAGCCUGGAAGAAAGAGAUUGAUGAAGAUGCUUCUUUAUGGACUGGAAGUGAGGAAGAAAGUGACAAUGAAAAGGAUGAAAAGAGUCAUCUGGAAAAAGAGAUUCGAAAAGUAAGACAGCAGGCAAGGGAGCACUCUAACCUGAUUGAUGCUGAUGACAGUGAUGAGCUGAGAAGUGUUUGGUCUGGAAGUGAUGAGGAGAAGUCUCUGUGGACUGGUAGUGAAGGUGAUGAUGACGACGAUAUUCCUACUGAACCCUACCCAAAUGAAAGCAGUGAUAAACAUAUAGAUAAACUAUUUGAGUUUGAGGAAACAUCAAAGUAUCGGCCAAUCUCAGAAUUAUUGAAAGCUGAGCAGGAACCGGAAGAAUUGUCGCCCGGAAAGCAAGCUAGGAAAAUUGCAGUUGAGAAUGCCUUGAAAAAGUUGAAGAAAGGGCCAGAUGGUCGAUACAUUAAUGUAUGGGAGGUCAUGAGUGACUUAGAUAUUCUAAUAGGAGCAUUUGAAAAUAUAGUUUCAGGACCAGAAUAUGCAGAGCUUAGACAGGGAGGGCCUAAGAAAUUAAAUAUUCAGUUUUUCAAGGAUAUACAAGCACGUAUGAGAGAUCCAAAUUAUAAGUUCUCACCUGAGUUAAAGUUGAAACCAAAGAGCAAACUAGUUCGUAGAAAGAAAUGGCAGAAGACACAAUCUAGGCGGAGGAAAGCACAAAAGCGCUAGGUUUCUCUUUCCUCUUUAUUGUUUCAAUCUGUCAAACUUAGAAAGUGUAACAUGUGUAUCGUUCAAACUUUGGAAAUUUUGAUAUAUGUUUCUGAAUUCUAUAUACGAUUUCUUUGUUGGCCUAUCUAUCAUCCAGUUAUACUAGUGGUCGGGUUCCACACAUGUUUGUUGUGUCAAUUACGUUAUUUUGCUUUGGAAGUUGCUAGAGUGACUUCAAAAGAAUUACCCAAAACAUAGACUCAUCAGGAAACCAACCCAUUUCUCCAAAAUUUAGAAAAGUCACUCAUUUUGGGCUUAAAAAGACCAAGACACCCUUAUUUUAUGCAGCACUCGAGCCUUUUUCAUCUUUGUCUGCUCAAGAAUGCCAUAUUCACAUUGGCUUCUGAAUAUGUUCUAAAGCAACCCUUUUAUUGGCAAACUGUACGCCGAUUGUGGUCUCGCAUUUCAUGUCAUGAUCCUCCACACGCCUAUCCAGGCGAGAGCCAGCUGUGGGCAAUCUGUAAGCCUAACAAUGUGCAGUCCCCACUAGGGUACAAUGCUUAUUGUGGAUCAGAGGUCAAGGAAACACCACGUUUGCUGACCUGUAUGCAUGAUUUUCUUAAUCAAUGUUUCAUCACCAUGAUCAUCUUUACCACACACAACUAUCUUGUAGUGUGCCCCUUUCAAUAUUUUGGUAUAAUGAAGUACCCUCAGCCAAGAAGCUUCAUAUAUGGUAGAUAUCCAUAAGUAUUUCCUUGAACAUCCUGAGUAUUUAACAGAUGGGGUAAUUCUGUCACAAUUUUUCAUUUCAAAUCCUGAGGCUGUUGUAGGGAAAUUAUGUCCACAAGUUUCCUGCUUUGACAGCAUACUGAUGCCAUUAGAUCUCUUGAACCUGGUGAAGGUACACCGAUGCAGGAAAAUCAUAUACAAUGUAUACUGUUUUCAAUAUUUAAUUGCUUCCUUCAGAAUUGUGGCUUCUGGUUUCCAUCAGAUCAUGUUCCCUGUAAGUCUAAAACCAUGUAUGUAGUUUUGUCCUAGAAAAAGUUGUUUGCAACAGGCUGGAAAAGGUAUGUCUUUUGCAAAACCAUUUGUUUCUGCUUUCAAUUAAGUAAGUAAUAUGGUCUAAGUCACCUCCAUAGAAAGGUUAGUCUGCUGAAGUGUUUGGAAAUUUCCACUUAUUACAUGAUGCUGCAACUAUUGAUGUCCUAUUUGAGUUUGAUGAGAUACUGUAUAUAUUGUGAUUCCUUUAUGUAUUGACCUUGAGGGAAGCAGUGAAUACUGUUCUUGUGCAGCUAUUACUUUUUUACUCAUUUGCCGUUUGCAUCUUGGACACAUUAUAUUAAGAUAAGUUUAGAAAACAUAAAAUACUGGUUAUACCUCCUGUUACUUUAGCCAUGGUAUCUCUCGCCUGCUUGCAGAAAACAAAUUAACGCAAAGCUAAGGGUCUUGUCCUUAUUCUGCAGAACUUAGCAUGGCUUGGUCUAGAUGGCUCUGAAGACUUGCAACUUGAUAAAGCAGUGCUCCUUCCUCCUCCGUACUUGGAGGCAACUAUGCUUGACCCUGUUGUUCGGCCUACAAACAACCCAGCAACAGCAAGAACUCCAUUAAAAAUUUGCAGUUGUAAUCCAAAGAUCAGCACAAAGUCAAGGUAGAAGGGCCUGGUCAAUGUUGGAACAGUAGUCGUUACUUGUGGGGCUCUCUGUUCGUUUGCAUUUUUUUCUUUCCUUUUCUUCGUUGUUAAGUGCGACUGUUAUGGGGUCCUUCUGCAAGCUGCAACUCAAAGGCACAGACAAAGAUUAGUCACACUCAAAGGAAAAAUGACAAUGAAGAAG